UGGAAAGGAAGUCUUUACAAGUUGGUCUGGAUUGAUCUUUUUCUUUAUCUUGCGGUUUACUAUAUAAUAAGCUUAAUAUACCGAUUCGCUCUUCCUGAAACGCAGAAAAGUCAUCACAAUUUUAAAAGUGAUCAGGUUAGAUCUAUUACGCCUCUUAUUUUGUGUAGGAAUUUUGAAGAUGUUGUCCGUUUUUGCGAGGCAAUGAAAGGGAACAUCCCCGUCUCCUUUCUACUGGGUUUCUUCGUGUCUGGAGUUAUUGGUCGUUGGUAUAAUAUGUAUAUGUACAUUCCCUGGAUGAACCAUAUUGCUUACUCAACUAUGUCCUAUGUAAAUUGUGCAGACAAGAGCGUAUCGAAGGAAAUUAGGCUUUCACUGAUGCGUUACAUGAAUCUCUCUUGGAUCCUAUUGAUGCGUCGAAUAAGUGACCAGAUCGCUGAUCGAUUUAAACAAUUGGAUGAAGACUCCGACUGCGAACAGGAGUAUUGUUGCAAAGGGUAUUCAAAAUGCUGUAACCGGAAGAAGAAAAUGCAUCAUAUCAUGCAGCAUCCUUGGAGUAGUUCUCAAGUGAGUGUGACCACAGAAUCUCUCCUUUUCCUUAAUUCCUAUUCUCAUUUCUGCCUAACUGGCGAUCUCGUGCUGAUUGUUGUUGCACUUCCAAGUGAGGUGGUGAUCAUCGCUGUCUAUAGCUACUUCGGAUGCGAACUUCUGGCCUCUCAAUUCCUGGAGGUUCCAAAGGUCGAAGGAGAAGCGGUCGUGGAUUUCUUUGUUCCAAUCUUCAGCAUUUUUUACUUCCUUUUCCUCAUGGGGUGGCUAAAGGUUAGUCAAAUAGUUGAUCAACCAGUUGUUAUUAGUGGUUUUAGUAUGCUAUAUCAGAUCGUUGCCUUGUGUGUAAUGAAUCCAUUUGGUGACGAUGAUGAAGACUUUGAAACCUCCGACAUCUUAGACUACAACUUGGAUGUGAGCUAUCGAACAGUUCUUAUGGAUGAAUCCACAUAUCCAGAGCAACUGAAAGCACCCACAUUCGAAAUUAAAACAAUGAAAGGUGCAGAAAAUGACAAUCUCCGCGAUUUCGUUAAAAGUACUCAUAAAGAAAUGGACAAAAUCGACACUAACCAAGAUGACAAUGGGCUGGUGAAUCUGGAAAUAAAGCACAGUUGCUGCAAGUGUUUCCCUAAACGAACACAUAAGAAGGAAGAAGAAAGCAAAUUUUGUUUUAUUUUAGAGGUCGAGUCUUCUCCGCUAAAGUUGAUUUUAAACCAUAAACAGAAAAAGGAGCAUCCUGAACCAGUGGAUGUGUGA